AUGUUCUCAGAGCUGAAGUUCCCUGUGCCUUGGGGACAUGUGGCAGCCAAGGCCUGGGGACCCUCAGAGGGACACCCUGUGCUGUGUUUGCAUGGCUGGUUGGACAAUGCCAACACCUUUGACAAGCUCAUUCCACUGCUCCCCAGAGGUUGUUAUUAUGUAGCAAUGGAUUUUUCUGGCCAUGGCUUGUCCUCCCACCGACCUGCAGGCCUCCCCUACCAUUUCCUGGAUUAUGUGACCGAUGUGCGCCGGGUGGCAGCAGCCUUGCAGUGGAGACGGUUCACCUUGAUGGGUCACAGUAUGGGUGGGGCUGUGGCAGGAAUGUUCAGUUUCCUUUAUCCUGAGAUGGUGGACAAGCUGAUCCUGCUGGAAAGUCUUGGCUUUCUUCUAGCUCCAGAGGACACCGAGGCAUGGCUGAAAUCAAAACGGAGGGUGAUCGACAGACUGCUGAGUCUGGAGGCAAAGCAGCAAACUCCCAAAGCACGGAGCCCUGAAGCAGCAUUGCAGAGGCUUUUAGAAGCAAACAGCCAUCUGACAGCAGAGGGUGGGGCAAUCCUGCUGCAGCGAGGAGCAACUGAGACACCCGCUGGGCUGGUGUAUAACAGAGAUAUGAGAGCCCGUACGCAGAGUCGAGAAUUCUUCACGGUGGAACAGUGUGUGAAGCUCCUGCAGAAGAUCCAGGACCGUGUUCUCAUCAUUGUAUCACAAGAUGGACUCUUGGUACCGCACAACCUACCGAGCAGAAAUCACUUUGUGAAAGCCCUGCAGGAGGCAUUUGAGUCUAACCUCAAAGAGCACAUCCAGCUAGCAGAAGUGCCUGGGAGUCAUUUUGUGCACCUGAACGAGCCCGAGGUGGUAUCUGGGAUCAUCAGCAACUUCCUGACAGCACAGAACACCAGGGCCAGACUCUAGGAAGCCCUCACAGCUGCAGCAGUUCAGGAGAACUGGGAGCUAACAAGCAAGCUCCAGAACUGUCACCAUUCCUACCUCACAUGCAGCAUUAGAUCGUGAUAAUCUUUCCUAUGCUUAGCUCAGUGCAGGGUGGAAGCAGGUCUGCCAGGGGUACUCUGAAGGAGAGCUGAGCAAAGUAUCUCAUUUGCCAAAGGGAGAAGGAAUUCUUGCUGUACUUCCUCCAGCUCUGUGAGUACAGGGAUAGAGGCCCAGAGUGGCCUUCCCCUUGGCUUACUCCAAACUUGCACCCUGAAACAGAGCAGAACACAAGGCAGAGGCAUCCUCUGUGACAGCAGCAGCUCCCCAGCUUUGGCAAUGUAAUAGAGGUGGCUCAUCUUGCCUCCUCCCUGGGGAUAGUGUGGACAGCUGCUCCCAGGAUUUAACCUGCUGAAAAACAAAGUGUUCUGCUUCUCUGCUUACUUCCAUAGAUGCCUGAGCUCAGAGACCCUCAGUGGCUCUGUUCCAUUGUGAGAACUAAUGUUUAAGAAUCACCUUAAGUAAGAGCUCACCUGUGCAGAGAAGGCCAUUUUAAUGAACGCUAGAGAAUCCUUAAUCCUCUAGCUGAAGCAGCUGGGAGAACUACAAAUUAUGGAAAAGUUGGCAGAGACAAUUUCUGUCCUAAAUAAAGAUUAAUGCUCCAAUGUUAA